AGGCUCCCUCACUUCUGUUCCGGUUUCCUUGUCCCCUUGCAUGACACGGGAGAGUCGCCUUUUUCAUCAUAUUCGGCAACCAUCUCUUGUCCAUCGUGGGUGUUAGACGCAAUCUCGUGGCAAGAUUUCAUAUCCUUCGUGCCACCUGUGGUUUUGGGCUCAGUUCCCAUUCGAGUAACGGGAUCCUCCUUCGACCUGCAUAAUACGACGAUAAUAUCAAGAUAUAUGCAUGACGGAUAUAAAACUUAACUAGCGAUAGCGCUGUUGUUUCAACGAAUUUGAUUUUUUGGACGCCUGUACCCCAGAAAUUCAAAAUGCAUACCUCAAUCUUAGGUCUCAUCCUCCUCGCCGGAGUGUAUACCGUAUAUUUCAUCGUCGGUCGCAUUCAGCGAUACUUCCGAAGAAAAGCAUUCGCCGCGGAGCAUGGAUGCCGCCCCCCGACAUCUGUUCCGAAAGAAAUUAACGAUGUUCUCGGCCUGAACAGCGUGAGAAAGAACAUGGCCGCCGCGAAGAACAAGAAGUUCUUGGAAUCCGGCAAAGAACGAUUCGACAAAUAUGGCCAUACGUAUUGGAUAAACGUCUUGGGCAGGAAGAUGAUCAUGACGCGAGAGAAAGAGAACGUCAAAGCCAUCCUUCACGAUCAAUUCGGUGACUUCGAACUCAACCGCCUGCACACCCUGGGUCCGCUCUUCGGGAUCGGCAUCUUCACGACGGACGGCCCGGCGUGGAAGCAUUCUCGCGCCAUGAUCAAGCCCAACUUCGAUCGCAAGCAGGUCGCCAACCUCGACAUGUUCGAGCGACACAUACAGGAGCUAUUCCACUGUAUCCCUCGCGAUGGAUCGACCGUCGAUCUCCAGGAGCUGUUCUUCCGACUGACCAUUGAUUCGGCGACGGAGUUCUUGUUUGGCGAAUCGGUCAAUAGCUUGUCAAGUGAUGACACGACUGGACUGUCCGAGGAAGUUCAGUUUACCAAAGCGUUUAACCAAGCCUUGGAGUUAACCGUGAUGAAUCUCCGGUUAGGCCCUCUAAGCCGAUUUUGGUACAACCCGAAGGAGGCCGAGUGCAAGAAAGUCUGCUGGGAUUUCCUCGACAAAUAUGUCGACAAGGCGCUCAAAUAUCGGCAAUCCGUCGACCUGGAGAAGGCCACCAGCAAGAAGGGGAGUUAUGUCUUCCUGCACGAACUGGCCAAGUCGACCAGCGACAGCAAGCGCCUUCGAGAUGAGUUGUUCAACGUUUUGCUCGCCGGUCGCGACACCACCGCCUCCCUCCUCAGCAAUCUGUUUUUCCACCUGGCCAAGCAACCCGCGAUCUGGGCGAAAAUCGUCGAGGAAGCGCAAACGACGCUCAGGGGGGACCUGCCCACUUACGAACAGCUGAAGGAAAUGAAGUACCUCCAAUACUGUCUCUCGGAAUCCCUCCGCCUGAACCCCGUCGUACCCGGCAACGCUCGCACGGCCACUCGCGACACCUGGAUUCCCCGCGGCGGCGGUGAAGACGGGCUAUCACCCCUUUUCGUCCCCAAAGGUACGGCCGUCAACUACUCUCCCUUCUCCAUGCACCGACGCAAGGACUAUUUCGGGGAGGACGCCGACGAGUUCGUUCCGGAGCGCUGGGAGUCAUUGCGCCAGAACUGGCAGUAUCUUCCGUUCAACGGCGGCCCACGGAUCUGCGUCGGUCAGCAGUAUGCGUUGACGGAAGCGGGGUACGUGGUGACGCGGUUCGCGCAGGAGUUUGCGACGUGGAAGAUGGAGAGUCGGGACCCGGAGGAGUGGAUUGAGGGGUUGACGUUGACAUGCUGUUCGGGCAAUGGUACGAAAGUUGGUUUCGUGCCGAAGGCAUGAGCUUGGGCGGAAUUGGACUUGAAUCUUAUGCUUCCCUUGAUAUGGGUUUGAGGGUGGUUGUUUGCCUUUUGGAUGUCCUCCCAUCUUAGUCAUGAUCAGGAGUCUUGUUGGUUGGCGGAGUCUGGAUUGACAUGAUGGGACGUUUGGAGAACGAAUUUUUGGGUUGACAAGUCUCAUCUUAUCAGACUUAUGUACUGUAUUGGAGAUUCUCCCCACCCGAUAUUUCUUGAAAGUUAGGAUGAAUGGAAUGGUAAUUUGAGCUAUGAGUCUGAUACUAGGAACGUUCGGGGGGUGAACUGAUCGUCAACUGAUCGUCCUGGGGACGGCAGCCGACCAACCAUG